UUCCGUAGCUUAUUUUACUCGUCCAGUACGGUUUAUGCUUUUUGCACAAACUUGAUCUCAAAAAAUAUGAUGGCGGUUUGCCUUCGCUCUGAAAUUCAAGAAAUCGACAUAUCCAAAGCAAGCAAUUGCGUCGCUCAGCCGCUAGCAAGAAUUAGAUCAGCUUCGUCUAAUAGGCUAAGCCAAGAGACUCACAUUGACAGUUACCCUGAUACCGAAGAGGAUGAUACUGACAUGUCAGACAAUGAUCAAGAAUACAUAAGUACGACUACCAUAAAACAAACAAAUCGGAAGCAGUUUCCUACGGCUAGGUCAGCCAAGGUAUCUGGUAAUUCAAGCCCACUCGUAUCUCCGGCUGGUAGCCGUACUUUUGAUGAGCAUGUACAAAGAGUUCCUCAAACACUAAAUAUUGAGCAUCUUCAUGAGACUUUACGGAAAUCAUUGACAAGAGCAUCAGAUGGUUCAAAAACACCUACUUCAGCCAGUCCUGCACUUAUGGAUAGUACCGAGAGGGAAAGAAUGAUAAUGAUGAAACGCCCAAUUUCGACAACAUGCAUUGAAGCACAUCCCCAAUACCCAUUCUGUAUGCUUGAAUAA